AACAGUAUGGAAACCUUAAAUAAGGCGGUAGACGCUGCAAAUGAAGCAGCAGCGCUUGUUCCUGAAGACGAUAUGAUGCGUCCAAGCAUCCUCAACAGUCUUCAUUUGCUUCUCGUAUCCCGCUCUAAAGCAACCAACGCGCCAGCUGACCUAGUAGAGGCAAUUAAAGUUCAACGCGAGGCCCUCGACUCUCCUGAUACCCUUAGCGACCGAACCAUUCUGCUUCAUAACCUCAGUCAGACCUUAGCUUUCAGCCAAAAAGAAAGUGAAAUAUCUACAUCAAAAGAGGCUGUCGAGCUAAGUUGGGAAGUUGUCAAUACAGUUGCAAAAUCUCACCCGAAUCGAGCAAUGUACCUGAAUACAUUUGGUACGUUCUUAAAGGAGGGCUACGGGCACUCCAAGCAAUUGAUUCAUGGGAACCAAAAACCACAAGACUUUUUCCAAGAAGGCCUCCGCAGUGCCAACUCCCCCCCGCUUGAUCGGAUCAAAGCUGGGCAGAACGCUUUUGACUGCUAUAUCACAGAUGGGCAGUGGGCCAACGCUGGUGUAGUAGCGACGGAAAUUGUGAAGCUCCUCCCUCUGCUGGUGCCACGGUGGCUAAGCCGGGAUGACCAGCAACAUCUGCUGAAAAAUAUAUCCCACUUCACAUCUCGCGCCGCAUCUGUUGUACUUCAGGCAAAUGGAUCUCCUGCAGAGGCUAUUAAUGUACUGGAAGCAGGGAGAGGGGUAAUAGCUCGCUUCACAACAGAUCUGAAGACUGACAUAUCAGAACUCGAGAAAUCGCAUCCCGCAUUGUAUGCCGAGUAUAUCUGGCUUCGUCGACAAAUCUUGCUUCCCCCUUCGCCAAUAUUCUCAUGGGAACCCGAGCCCACCAAGGCUACCAUAAUAACGAGACAUCAUAGAGAUGAAGAAUCCCGCACUUCCCGAACUACUACCACUGGACGUCAAAGGGCAGAGAACCUACGGAAGCUCGAAGAGAUUGAGAACGAUAUCCGUGAGCUUCCGGGGUUUGAGCAGUUUACGAGGCCUCUUUCGCCGGCAGCCCACAUGUCGCUUGCCAAGCUUGGGCCGAUCAUAGCAUUUAAUGUAACAGAGCUACGGAGUGAUGCGAUUAUUGUGACUGACAAUGACAUCUACGGUAUACACCUUGAGCAACUUCGAUUCCAGGAUUUAAAGGCCAACGUCAGCAAAGUGAUUGGGGCGAACCAGCUCUCCAAGGGGCCGCCCAGUGGAAGACCACGGCGAAAUGAAGAGCUCCAGCGCAUAUUGAACUGGCUGUGGGAGACCGCGGUGCACCCAGUACUUACUAAACUGGGCCUCGAUAGCAACCCACCGCCGGGUCCGCAAUCGCGUGUCUGGUGGGUUGCAAGCGGCUACAUGGGUCUACUUCCCAUACACGCAGCGGGAGACGGGACUACCUCUACGAUGGACUACGUCAUCUCAAGUUAUACUCCCACUCUUCAGGUGCUGAAGUUCUCCCGGGAAAGAAAUAGCUUGCUGAAUUGUGAUUCCGAGCUAAAGAUGCUUCUCAUUACUGCACCAGACAAACCCGGUCGUGGAGGUCUAGACACAGAGACCGAAAUAAAAUCGAUUCAGAAGAGUUUCAGGCGUAACAUAUCCUAUACGCUGCUCAAUAACCCGUCGAACGAAGAUGUUUUGCGGGAGCUGUCCGAACACCACCUGAUUCAUUUUUCAUGCCAUGGUUAUUCGAAUGCGACUGACCCGUCAGAGAGCGCGCUUGAGAUUGCUUACGCCGCGGGAUCCAGAUCAGGCUCGUUACUCACCGUGAGGGACAUAUCUACUAUUGACCAUGCCAAAGCUCAAAUCGCAUAUCUUUCUGCAUGUUCCACGGCCGAGAAUUCAUCCGAUGAGCUCCUAGACGAGGUUAUUCACAUUGCUGGUGCCUUCCAGCUCAUUGGGUUCCCCCAUGUUUUGGGCACGCUUUGGGAGGUUAGCGAUAGAGCUGCUGUUGAAGUGAGUAGGUUAUUUUACGAGGCACUCAGCAACCAGGUAAGCAGUGGCAGCCCUGGUCAUGGAAACAUUGCAAGCACUCUGCAUGAGGCUCUUCGGGCAUAUAGGAAAAGUAAAAAAGCGAGGGAGAAAGAUGUUCUGUCUUGGGCCCCGUUCAUUUAUAUGGGCGCAUGAUUCAUAAUUGAUCUCCUUUCAUUGCCUUUCAGGGGGUAGUCUAUUCUUCAUAGCAUCAUCUCCGUUCAGUGUCAUCGAUGAGCAAAUAUCGGGCGAGAUGGAUAUAGCGUCAACGCCACAACGCGCAAUGUACGGUUUUC